CUAAGCGCCUUCAUAUACAAACAAGCGCCGUGGCAGAAAUAAUAAUUUAAUUCGCUUUUAACGCAUUUCCGACCGACGUGUUGCAAUUCAAGCGUGCAGGUAACAUUAACUUUGAGGGGGUGUGGGGGUCACGUGAGCAACAGCUCCACCCCCUCCGUAAAAGCCGGCGCUCCCCUCCUCGUGUGCAAACGACGCCACACCAAACGGGGCCGAGCGACCUCCGCGGCCUUCGCAUGGACGACAGCAAGGGACGGGGACACUGCCGUGAGCUAACAUCGGUGCAACGACGUCCUUGGAAUUGAUUUUCUUGCGGGUAAGUGGGCACUCCACUGGACCGGGCCGCAACCGCAGAGGGCAGCUGUCAUGGCGCGUCUUAACCUGAGCCCAACCAAAUUGUGAAACUGCACUCCUGCUUCUGUCCUACGAUGGAGCGGAUGGAGCGGAUGGAGCCGGAAGCCGAACCGGAGGCUGAAACGGAGCCGCCCAUGCACAGCGUGCACGGCUCCAACCGGACUCGGCCAUCCUCCUACCGGGCCCUGCGCAGCGCCGUGUCCAGCCUGGCCCGGUUGGACGACUUCAGCUGCGAGAAGAUCGGCGCCGGGUACUUUUCCGAGGUGUUCAAGGUGCAGCAUCGCGUGUCUGGCCAGGUGAUGGCGCUCAAGAUGAACAUCCUGGCCAGCAACCGGGCCAACAUGCUCAGGGAGGUCCAGCUGAUGAACAGACUGUCGCACCCCAACAUCCUCAGCUUCAUCGGCGUGUGCGUCCACGAGGGUCAACUCCACGCGCUGACCGAGUACAUCAACGGCGGCAACCUGGAGCAGCUGCUGGACAGCGACGUGCCGCUUCCGUGGGGCGCGCGGCUGGCCCUGGCGCUGGACAUCGCCCGCGGCCUGCGCUACCUGCACGCCAAGGGCAUCUUCCACCGAGACCUCACCUCCAAGAACUGCCUGGUGCGCUGGGAAGGCGCCGUCUGCUCUGCCGUGGUGGGAGACUUUGGCUUGGCUGAGAAAAUACCCGAUUACAGUGGAGACUCAAACCAGGAACCUUUGGCUGUGGUGGGUUCCCCCUACUGGAUGGCACCAGAGGUACUCCACGGUGAGCUGUACAAUGAGAAGGUGGACGUGUUUGCGUACGGCAUCAUUUUGUGUGAGGUCAUUGCCAGGAUAAAGGCAGACCCUGACUUCUUACCACGCACCGAGGACUUUGGCCUGCACGUGGAGGCUUUCACGCAGAUGGUCAGCGACUGCCCCGCCCACUUCUUAAAUCUGGCCAUCGUCUGCUGUAAUAUGAGCCCCAAGCUGCGUCCGUCUUUCUCCCAGAUCGCCGUCGACCUGGAGCGAACGGACGCCGCGCCGACCGCCGAGCGGUCACCGGCCGCCGGCCCCCCGCGCAGACGCUCCUCGGUCCCGUCGCCGGACGUCCGCCUCUCCCGCAGCAAGUCGGACAUGCUACGACCCGCCGCCGAGUCGACGCCAAUGCGGGUCAACCCCUUCUCGCGCCGCGACGACCUCAAAGGUGGCAAGAUCAAGCUGUACGACACCCCCAGCAAGUCUGUCAUCUCCCUCACUUUCGCCUUGCCCCCGCUGCCUGACCCGCGACUCUGCUGUGAGCUGGUGCCAGGUCGCCAGCGGCGCUGCCACUCGCUGCCGUGCACGCCGCAGCCCUACCUUUUGGCCCGCCCGUGCGACUGCGAGAUGCACAGCGACUGGGACUCUGGGCUUCCUCAGUGUGCGGAACCCCUGUCCCCGGAUCAAGAGAAGGGCGAGAUUGUGCCGAUGGACUGCACCAGCUCGCCGGAUACUCUGGACAGCUCGUCUUCGUACUCCAAACUGUCCUCCCCCCCGACUCGCACCUCCACCCCUUCCCAGACCUUCGCUAACGGCUGGCCGCGUUUGGACAACAGCAAAGUGAUCCUGAGCGGACCUUUGGUCUGGAGCGCCGCCCCCGCCGGAAUCAACAACAACGGUUGCUGCUCACCUCCCAGCGAGGCCGACGGCCAGUCCCUGGACCACGACGAGGCCAUCUCGUGUCCGGCGUGCUGCCUGGCGGGCCUUCGCUUCCCUUCGGCGUGUCUCCGCGCGCCGCACCGGAAUGUCUACAAGAACCUGAACAGGGACCGCACCGCUUCCCGUGGGCUGCUGUGUCCCAAGAGUCUGCCGGCCUCGCCCUCGCCGGCCGGCGCAGCCCACCGAGAGCCCAAAUAAAGGCAGCAGGCACCUUUGGAAUUUGCACAGAUUUUAACGCAGCAAUAUAAAGUGGAAGGUUGCAGAAGGGUGGAGACCUUUCCAUACAUUUACGGCAACCAUUUGGUGAAUUUCAAAUUGUAAACUUUGCAUGGGAAUUAAGUCAUUUUAAGUGUCAUGUUUAGCAUUUCUACCAUGAUUUGUUUUUUGUGUUAAGUUUCUGCUUUAUUCUAUUAAUUUCCAUGAAAGCUUUGCAAUUUUCAAGCCUAAAUCUGUAAACCCUGCCAGUAAAAAUCCCCCCCAAAAUUGAUGUAACCCCAGCAAUUGCAUCCAGAUGCCACAAGGUGGUGUCUAAGCUCUGUCGAAAUUUCCUUGACACCAGAAUGCUUCCACAUGGGCUCGGGUCUUUGCUUGGGUUUUGCUUGCCUGCCGCCCUCUGCUGGGUCGAUGGUAAACCAGACCCCCCCCUUCCGCCUCCUCCCCAUCUGACCUGUCCAGCAUGAAAAGUCGUCGCACGAUGCAAAACCACCGAUUUCAACGAGGAAUGUCAAGCUUAGUAUUAUUGUCGCAACAAUCCUAUUUUGGGGAUAUUUGGUGCUGUUAAGUCUUAAGUUAAGUUGUAUGGUGCACUGUGUGUGUGUGCGUGUGUGUGUGUGUGCGUGUGUGUGUGCGCGUGCGUGUAUGCCUACUGUUUAGGCUAUUUUUGUUGCUCUUCAGUCUGUAUUGGCACUAGAGAUUGCCACUUGAAGCACUUCAACUGAAUUCCUGCUGUGAUUGAAAUUUUCAAGGGAAUGAACGGUCCGAGACCCGCUUACAAGCUGUUCAUAUUCUUAUUUAAUUUAAAAAAAAAAAUGAAAAAAAGUUGAAUUAAAGGAAUAUAUAUAGAA